UAUCCUGGCGCUGUCACCAUCAAUCUCGGAUCUUCUGGUUUCAUCGCUUGCUCCCUCGAGAAACAGAACCCUCUCCUUCCCAGAUUGUUUGCUGUGGUGGAUGAUAUGUUCUGCAUCUUCCAAGGACAUAUAGAGAACGUUCCAUUUCUUAAACAACAAUAUGGACUAACCAAAACAGCCACUGAGGUCACCAUUGUGAUUGAAGCCUACAGAACUCUUAGAGACCGUGGUCCGUAUUCAGCUGACCAAGUUGUUAGAGAUUUUCAUGGGAAAUUUGCGUUUAUGCUCUUUGACUGCUCCACAAAAAAUGUCUUCCUUGCUGGGGAUGCAGAUGGGAGUGUUCCUCUCUUCUGGGGAACUGAUGCUGAAGGCCAUCUCGUUGUUGCUGAUGAUGUUGAGACUGUGAAGAAGGGUUGUGGUAAAUCU